CCUUACUUUACUUUGAACUUAGCUCACACACAUACACAAUGGCGAAACGGAAAUCAGAAAGAGACCCCGAGGAGCUGCCCGAUGCUUCAGACAAGGGCAAGCAGAACAAUGACGAUGAGUCUGGCAGCGACGAGGAUAUGGACAUGGUGAACGUCGACUUUGAAUGGUUCGACCCGCAGCCUGCAGUCGACUUCCAUGGCCUCAAGACGCUUCUGCGACAGUUGCUCGACGUGGACAACCAACUGUUCAAUCUCUCAGAACUCGCGGACCUCAUCUUGUCGCAACCACUACUAGGGAGCACGGUCAAAGUCGAUGGCAACGAGACAGACCCCUACGCCUUUCUCACAGUACUGAACCUCGAGACACACAAAGAGAAGAAAGUCAUUCAAGACCUCACAGCCUACCUCUCAAAAAAGUCCACCUCCCUUCCCGCCCUACCUUCUCUCCUGAAUGCCUCAUCGCAAGCGCAAGUCGGUCUCAUCUUAACUGAGCGCUUCAUCAAUAUCCCCCAUGAGAUCGUCCCCCCAAUGUACACGAUGCUCCUUGAAGAGAUCCAAUGGGCGCUCGCUGAAAAAGAACCCUACGCCUUCACCCACUACCUCGUACUCUCCAAGUGCUACUCUGAAGUGCAAUCGUCCCUGCCCUCAAACGAUGCACCGCCUAGUAAGAAGAAAAAGAACAACAGCAAGGAAGGGGAGGAGACGUUCUAUUUUCAUCCGGAAGAUGAGAUGCUACAUAAGCAUGCGGUAGGAUAUACGAGUUUUGAGUAUGACUCGCCCGUGGAUGAGGGUGCAAGUGAUAGUAAGCGGGCGUUCCAGGAAUUGGGGGUCAAGCCGAAGGGCCACAUGGUCUUGAUUGAGGCAGGCAAGUUUGAGGGUGCUGUGGAGGCUGUCAAGACGUACUUGAAUGGGCAGUGAGAUAGUCGUGUAAUAUAAUGAAAAAUGUGCGACAGUAUCAAAAACGUGCGACAACUGACUCUAACUGGUGUUACAUUUCCUACGCACACAAGCCGAAUCUAUUGAAGAAAAGCAAAGGAAAUGGUAAUGCUCGCUCCUAUUGACACAGCCCGCUGCUUCCGUCCGUCUUCCUCUUCUGUUACUUUACAUGUUCAUUGCUUAACCGAUAACAACCUUGCCCUCUUCAGGGAAAUCGUACGAUGGAAUCUCGAGGUUGAGCGGGGCGGGUCCCUUUCUUAUGCGGCCAGAGAUGUCGUAGUGGGAACCGUGGCAGGGGCAGAACCAGCCACCGAAGUCGCCAGCC